ACGCGUUAAAACUUCAGGAAAGUUUCUUCAUGAUCAAGAAAUGUUAUUAGGGCCAAGGACUUUUGAAAACCAACACGGAUAUUUUGUUAUUACACCGUUAGAACGAGAAAAUGGGACCACGGUGUUAAUAAAACGUGGAUGGAUUUCUAAAGAUAAAAUUGAUUCUUCUACACGAAAAGAUAAUCAGUUUGAAGGAAUUGUUAAUGUUGAGGGAAUAUUAAAAAAAUCCGAAAAGAAAAAUUGGUUCACACCUAAAAAUAAUCCGAAUCGAAAUGAAUGGUUAUGGAUUGAUGUAGAAACAAUGGCCGAAAUAAUAGGAGCACAGCCAGUAUUGAUUGAACAAAGCUUAGAGGGAUCUCCUUAUUUGAUCAACAAAAUGAUUGAUGAUGGUAUUCCAAUUGGAAAAAUUCCUAGCGUUGAAUUACGGAACACACAUUUGCAAUACGCAAUCACAUG